AUGGAGAGGAUCUCCGUGUUUUCACUCUGUAGCAUUUUCCUUUUGAUUAGCUACUGUGGAUGCCCCAGUGGAGCGAAGAAAAAGAAAGAUUUGGAAACCAUUGUAGAGGUAUAAUCCAGUAAUUAUCAGCGCCGCUAUUUUAUUUAUAGACAAAAACUUUGGGUCUUUAUUCUUUUCCACGUCGCGACCUUCUUUGAAAGGCAAAAAGAUCCCAGAAAAAAUGUCCUGAAAAAAAGUAAUUUAAAGCAUUUUAAAGAUCACUAAGCACACUAUCACUAUAAUCUAGCCUGUGUAAAGAAGUCUCCUGUUUGCUAUAUAUAUAUAGUAACUUGUUCCUCGCAGGUUUUUUUAUACUUGUAAAGUUUCGCCUUUAUUAGGGUUUCUCUGAUUCGCAAAAGUCGUCCUUUUCCAAUUCCGCAUCAAUAGCUUUUCGACUAUAAUUGCGUUUGUUUGAAAAACGUCUUAGGUCGAAUUCUAAGUAUCAUAAUUUUGUAGAAGUUGUUUUGAACUGUUGCAGCUGACUAUAUCGUUACUUCUAAUAAAAACCAAAGUUAUUAACUUCAGUUCGCAUAAAUUGCAUGGAAGGAAUCAAGAUAAUCAAAGCAUCUUUGACAUCUUUUCCACUCAAGCAUAACAUUGAAUAGUCAAAGAUAAAGUAUUCAUGAACCUACAGCUGUAUUUACCUAUUUUUUUCAUAACUUAAAAUGGAAGCUUCUAGCAUAUAGUACUUCAACACAAAAAUGCUUAUAAAAGCUGCAACCCAAAAAAUUUUUUACCACGUGCAUUUUUAAAAUCUGACUAUUCGGUGGUAAUCAAUAAAUUUUAUUUAAAACACAUUUUUAGAGAUUCUUAGCAGGUACUCUUGAUUGAUGCAGAAAACUCAUUAAUUUAUUUAUCUCUGUUAUUAUCUAAAGUUAUAGCCCAGUUUAAUUUAUCUCAGCUGUAACAUAAAUUUUAAGAACGUAUUAGCAAAAUGACUGGCCAUGAGAAGAGUUUGUCCAGAAAUGAAUGCCUGUAUCUCUGAGUCUUUUAUAUUUUUGAAUAUUUUUUUUCGAGUUAAUUCUACUGUGAAAGAGUAAAUUCUGUAAUAGUCCAGUUUCAAGUUUGUUAUGACCACUGAAUUAAAGAAGUGAGGACUCAUUUUUUACAGGCUUAGCCUCCAACUGAAGUAAUAUAUUCACAAAUUCCGACUAGAAAAAGACCUGUUUAUUACUGUCUAUUGUGUAUAUUUUAAACACUUACUUUCCAGAAUUUCUGAAUAUUUUACUUUAUGUCGAUGCUAACCCUGUAUGAUUGUGUCAUUAAUGUUUGUAUUCAGCCAAAAUUUCCAAUUCAAAACUGGACUGUUAUUAAACAAUGACACUUUUUCAUUAUUGAAGACUUUUUUUAAAAAAAGCUGGAUCACUUGAGGUUUCUGGGAAACUGCCCACCUACCCCUCCCUUAAGUCAACAUUAACACUUGCUUCUCACUUAGGACAAAAUGUGGGGUUAGGGGAGGGGCCAGGACGGAAGUUUCCCAGAAACCUAAAUAGAUCCAAAAAGCUCUGCAACUAAGUACCAGAUAAUAUUCUUGAACACAUUUUUUAAUAAUACAUGUAAUUGUUUGCUGUCCCAAAAAUAUGAUAGGAUAAGUUUAAUUUUCUUUAACUUCUGCAUUAGUUACAUAUAUCAAUAAGUGACUUGAGCUCUGAGAUAGAACUAAUAAAAGAAUCUAUCAAGUUUUUGAGUCAUUUUCCAGCUUUUGAUGUUUGAGUAAUAUUAAGAGAUCAGGACCAUAAGAGAGAGAUUUUUAAGAAAAUAUUUUUUAAUAAAAAUAAUUUUUUUUAUUAACCCAUCCGCUCCUGGAGAUUUUGCCGAAAAACGCGUUUUGAAGCUAGUCGAGUGGUUUUCUGGUCACUGUCGUGCUAUAAAGAGCUAAAACUUACCACAAACUGGUUUACAGGUCAAACACUUCACGGCCUUCUGAUCCAGAUGCAACAUAUCAGCUUGCAAAGUUCGGGCAUGCGCAGAAAGCAAAAUUUCGACGUAGUUUUUGGGUUUAAAAGUGACACAGCAGUCUUGACUUUUACUUUUCGCUUUCUCUCCUCCCUUCUUUUUUUGUUUUUCUUGCCUCAUUUUUUUUUCUCUUGCUGGGCAUUUAGUAGGCUUGAUUUUGGUGGGAAGAGUUUUUAGGAAAGCUUUUAGGAUCUUACGAUUAGGCGAAAGGAAAGGUAGGUGGGUAAUGGAACAAGAUUUUCAUGGAGAUUUUCAGGUCAAUGUCACGUGGUUUUUUGCUUGUUUCUCCGGUGUCCUUGACUGAAUUGUGCUCAUUCUGGUAUGGUUUGAAAGAUCUCUUCACUCUGCACAAGUUAGUGAAGAAAGUUGUCCUUGACCGUUAAAACUGAUCACGUCACAAUGGGUAGAAAGGACCUGGAUCGACACGGGCGGUUACGGGCGGUUCAGGGGCGAAUGGGUUAAAUCCUCUCAUCAAUUAUGAUAAAUAAAUCCAUCUUUCUACAAGAAAUAUUCGAGAAAGUUUUUUUUCAGUGGUUUAUGAUCUUACUUUUAAAAGAAAAAUGAUUUUUUGGUUUAUUUCCUAGUACAAACCAGCUACUUGUCAGGAUAAAGCUGACAAUGGGGAUAUUGUCUCUGUUCACUAUACUGUAAGUACACUGGGUAAUAAGUAAUUAAUUGUUCUGACCUUAACUGUAUGGUGACCCUGUCCGAGUAGUACUAAAACUGGGUUGAGCUGUGUAGUUCUCUUGGAUUUCUUUGAGGUAGACUCUUAGUAAUAAACCCUUUUUCAGUCAUCUGAGUGGAAGACUUGGCUAGACCAGAGAGGGAAUGACCCAUGCAAGACCAUAGAACCCAAUGACCCAACUGGUGCCACCUUAUCCCCAGGUUUUCCAUCCUCUUUCAGUAUCAUUUUCAUUUGUUUUUCUUAAUGGCUGACAUUUUGUGAUGCUACCACUGGUUUGAAUUCCGGACAGUGUGCCAUUACCUUGAUCUGGGUAUAAGUACUUCUGAUUGGUUGAAAAUUUGCUCAACCAAUCAGAAGUCUACCCAAAUCUAAGGAGUGAUGCGUCAUCAGUGUGGAAUUUCUGAGCUUGUUCCCCAGUUAUCUUUCUUGGCGGAAAGUUAGUGUUUGUGUUGCAAAAUGUUGGCUGUUUCCCUAGGCUAGCUAUACUGUCUUUCUUGCUUAACAAGACAGGGUUGUCAUUAAGAACCGGGGGCCGGGGAUUUUCCCCGGCUACUAAGAGAGUGGCCCCCGGCUACUUUUAUUGGAAAAUAGAAGAAAAAUGAAACCAAAAGAAAUCCCUAGCUGUUUGAUUCGCCGCCUACUUGUUGUGUUUACCCGGCAACUUGAAAUCUUAGUGACAACCCUGCAAGAACUGAUUUAACUCUAGCUAUUUUGGGAUGAUCCCCAUUGACUCUUUGAUGAUGCAGUUCCAAAAACUUCAAAUAGAAUAAUCAUUCCUUUUUAAAUUUUUGAGGGAACUUUGGAAAAUGGACAAAUGUUUGAUUCAUCUCGUGCACAAGGAAGACAGCCACUUGAAUUUCAGCUUGGCAAAGGAAAAGUCAUAAAAGGUUAAUUCAAUUCUAAGUAUAUUUUAGAAAUGAAACUCUUAAUUCUAUGGUGAUACAAUUCUUAUUACACUUGUUCAACCUCCAUUAGCCAACUAUUAAGCGGCCACCCUCAGUCAGUUUUUUAGAAGCCUGUAGUAACCCAAGUCAUGAAUUGAUUGCAAUAGCAAAAAAUUGUAAAUGAAAGCCUUAUUGAGCAGACGUGCCCAUUAAUUGACCAUAUAUGUCCACAUUUUGGACAUCCCUUGGAGAGUUCUUACAUUGAUUUCACAUCUAUUACAUGGCCUUUAAUCACUUGAUAUACAUGGUUUUUAUGACCUUAUUUUUAUAAAUUAUAUGAUGAAGAAAAAAACAGUCCAAGAUGGGCGAACACUGAUUGUAGACCAGUAAUGCUGCUCCCAUCACAUAUUUGUUUCAAAAUAUAGUGAUGUUUCUGUUAAAGUUUUUACCAUUUCUGAUGAGCCUAUAUUGAACAGCCAACCACCAAUAAGUGGCCUCUUGCCAGACCCUAUUGGCAGCCAGUUAAUGGAGGUUUAAUUAACUGUAGUUAGUUGUCAUUAAUUCAAAUAGACCAUUCUUUAGUACAAAUCUCUGUGUAGAUUAGAUUAAUAUUCAAAAUAGGCAGCAAGUCAGUAAGUGCAAAAGGAAAAGAAUGACAAUUUUAAGCCCUAUUAGAUGAGGAUUUUACAUGUAACUGAAGGAACCUCUUUAAUUAAGCCUACGCCCAUAUUUAGUGGUCGUUUACUUCCUUCUUUUAGUUAGUACAAGAAGAGAUUGAAACACUUUGAGAGCUAUUUGUCAUGCGCUCUAUACAUGUAUUUCACUUUAAUUGUCACCAUCUUUAUUUCCUUAAUCAGGUCUUAGGUUUGUCUCAGAAAUUUUAUGGCGGACUCGUUUUCAGUGGUCAGUUGGCGAUUACCCAUUGGUGUUCUAGCUGUUACCCUGCGAGCAGAGGUUUUUCUCUUGCAUGGUGUUUAUAAGUGUUUACGAAGUCAAUCGUUCACGUCACUUGUCAGUUGUGUUGUUGACUUGUUUUAUAUGCCUCAGGAGAAGGUUUUUCCUGGAGCAUAUAAAUCAAACCAACUAUGUGACCGACAAGUGAUUCAAAUGACUUCAUAAAUGCUAAAUGCCACGCAAGAGAGAAACUUCUGCUCGCAGGCUAGUGUUCUGUCUUAAAGGGGGAUGAAAAAAGAUGCUCCAUGUAUCAUCUAAAGUGCAUUUAUUGUUAUAGCUAAAAUUAACAAGGAAAAUAAUUGUUUUUCAUUGUUUUCCUCUUUGUUUAACAGGAUGGGAGAUGGGAAUAAAAGGAAUGUGUAUAGGGUAAGGUUUUUUUUCCUUUAAAAGCUCAUGUCACUUUCACUAAAAAGCUCAGUUUUGAGGUUUUGUAUUAGUACAACAUUUUCUGCAUGACUGAGUCUCCCUGUUUAAUAGUCCAGUUUCAAAUUAAAAUAAUUACUGCUGAAUACAAACAUUAACAACACAUUCAUACAGGGUUAGCCUCAACAUAAAGUAAAAUAUUCAGAAAUUCCUGCAAGUAAGUGUUUGAAACUGUGAAAAUACACAAUAUACAGAGUAAUAAACAGGUCUUCUUCUCAUUGGAAUUUGUGAAUAUAUUUACUUCAGAUGGAAGCUAAAGCUUGCAAAAAAUGCGUCUUUACUUCUUUAAUCAGCGAUCAAAGUGAACUUGAAACUGGACUUUUCUACUUUUUUUCAUUUCUAGUGAGAAAAGGAAGUUGAUUAUUCCACCUCACCUUGGUUAUGGAUCACGGGGAGUUGAGAAUGUCAUUCCACGUGAGUAUAAAACAGCAAUACCUUUAUUCGUGAUAAUGUUAUUUUAUCAUACCAUACUCCCACGUACUAUGACAUCAUUUUUGUUUGAUUUUAUCCUUUUAAAGCCCCAAGCAAAUGCAUGCAACAUUGUUGGAUUGCACAGUGUGCAUCCGUUUGCACACCCUGUUGCAGGUUGUUGCAUGUUGUUGCGCAAAGUUUGAAACCAGUCAAACUUUUAAGCCAACAACUCCUCAACAUUCGUAUUUGUUCCGUGAUCGCUGAAGCAUAGUGCAACAAUGUUCACUUGGAUCCGUUUGCACAGCCUUUCCAACAUUAUUGUUGGCGACACGCACGUGCAUUACACAUGGUCUCCAAAGUCUUAUGGGCUGUAUCCUUCCCAUGAUGCACUGCAGCUCCCAACAUUGUUGGGAGUUGUUGCAUCCAUUUGCACAAUGUUGGGAGCUGUUGCGUCUGUUUGCACUUAGCUGAACACACAACACUAAGCAAUACCUUUUUGGCCUUCUGUCCUGAGCACUCUAAGACCUCUAAGUGAGUCCUAAAGCUGCAAUUUUUAACCCUUAGGCAAAACCUCAAGGAUCCCCUUCACUUUCAUGUCGGAAACCCACCCCAACCUCCCCACCCCCCUCCUCUAACCCAAGACUUUUAAACCCCAGAUUUCUCCAGAUGGAAGGAAGUAAAGAGAAGCAAAGCUCUGGCCCUGGUUAAUCAAAUAUGCCGGAAAGCCCUAUCCAAUGAAUAAACAGCAUGCAAAGAAAGUAGUGUCCAAUAAGCCCAGGGCUAGUGGAUUUCGCUAUCGGGCUGGUGAAUUCUGUUUUUAACUUGCCCGACGGGCAAGUGAUGUUUUUUGAGGAAUUCAAUUAACAGAAGAACUGUGAAAUCAAUUCUGCUAGUCAAAAAGUUUUUGGGGCUAGUUGAAAUGAUGUCUGGGCUAGUAAAUGCUAGCUUCAUAAUCCGACUUUGUAACAAAUUAAGUAUGUGUAACUUUGUUUUGCUUUCACAGCAAAUUCAGUGCUAAUAUUCACCACAGAAUUGAUGUCAAUCAGAAGAAAAUCUCCAUUUGAUCCUAGUGUACUGAUCCAGAUAGGUUUCUGGCCCGUGCUUGCAGUCUUGGUUAUGUAUUAUCUUUAUAGAAAGGCAAAAAGAGAAUCCAGCUCUUCCAAGCAUGAAGUAAAGUCGAACAAAAAGAAUAAAAAGAAAUAAACAGCUGCAAAUUUCUAUUUAUAAGGUAUAUAGAGAUCGUUCGAACUGAGAAAAAGCGCAACCUGAACAGCGAUAAUGAUUUCUGUAUCUCCUAGUACAUUCGCUGUGGUUAACGGUCAAGUCGCCCGAAAGUCAUCUCGCCCGAGGUUAUGUCGCUUUAAAUAAGAGUUAUGUC